ACGUUCAAAGAUGUGCUCCAACAGCAUGAUAAUGUUAUUUAAAUAAUUUCGUGAAGUGCUGAUAGUUGACCUCUCGUAAAUGAGUUUGUGCUAAGCGUUGGUUAAGGAUAAUGUCCUUGUUUUUUUACAUUUAAUUAUGAGCUAUUUUUUAUAUCUUUACCUUUAGGUAAUAAGGGAGCUGUCAAAGUAUGUUCUGAAAUGUAAUAUAAAAACGUUGUUAGAUAAAGAUGUGUGAGAAAUAUAAAUUGUAAAUGCUGUUUGACAUUUAACUCCACACCACAGGCUCGAAGAGUGCAUGACUUUUAGUUCCUCUUAUCUCUUCCUUUUUUGGAAUGUUCUGUUCUCCAACGAACACGUACUCCUUUUCGGGAGCUAAAUAUCACAGUUAUAGACGUAACAAAUAUCUAGAACUGCCUUAUAUGGUUUUGUUCCUGUACUAUUCUGGUAUCAACCGUUUCUUCUCCUUGAGCAUGCGAGCCUUGCUGUCACUCUACUAUUGGCUGCUCUAUGAAAGGUCUGGUCAUCACUACCACACAGUGAUUGUGAAUCCCAAAUCAAUUCAGCAAUAAAUGCUCUGAAUAUUCCUGUCAUCUUUGAAUUGAAGAAGAGUUUCCAGAAGAGCAGGACAAACUACAAGUGUGUCAACAAUUUCUGACAUACUACUGCAAAGAUGGAUUUUAUUAAAGAGGACAUGGGUUAUCCAGAACCACUCAAAAAGAAAAAUGAAGAAAAUGAGGAACAAAUAGACCUGACGGAAGUGGAAGAAGAAAGCCAAAAACUGAAUGAAGUGGAGAAGAAAAAUCAGGAUCAGAAACCAGAAAAAAAGUCUUUAACCUGCCUUCAGUGUGGAAAGAGUUUCACAUGGAAGGAAAGCCUUAAGCGUCACAUGAGAAUUCACACUGGAGAGAAGCCUUUCACAUGCCUUCAGUGUGGAAAGAGUUUUACAUAUAAAGAGAACCUUCAUGUUCACAUGAGAAUUCACACUGGUGUGAGGCCUUUCACAUGUCUUCAGUGUGGAAAUAGUUUUACACAUAAUAAGCACCUUCAGAGGCACACACAAAUUCACACUGGAGAGAAGCCAUUCACAUGCCAUCUGUGUGAGAAUAGAUUCGCUCGUGAAGAACAGCUUAAGAAUCACAUGAGGAUUCACACUGGAGAGAAGCCUUUCAUGUGUUUUCAGUGUGGAAAGAGUUUUACACAGGCAACCAAUCUCCAAAUUCACAAGCUCAUUCACUCCGGAGUAAAGCCACUAAAAGGUGAACGUGAAAAAGUUCAUAUGUGCUUUGAAUGUGGGAAAACCUUUAACAGACCCUACCGCUUGAUGGAUCACCAAAGCAUCCAUACUGGAGAAAAACUGUACAAGUGUUCACAUUGUGAAAAGAGAUACAGUCAGUCAGGAUACCUGAAAAUACAUGAGAGAGUGCACACUGGAGAGAAGCCGUACCACUGCUCUUUAUGUGAGAUGAGUUUCAGCACAUCAAGUUCUCUUAAGAAACACAUGAUUCAUCACUGUAAGAAAUAAUGAGAAGUUCGUCUUCUGGUCUAGCGUAUUCAAAUAAAUUGAGAAAUCCAGAUAAACCCCAAAAGUGGGGUAAUAUGCAAAAAUUGUAAGUUGACAUGAAGUUUGCAUUUGUUUGACAAGGGAAAUUAAGGGGAGGUGAAUUUAUGUAUCGCUGUGUGGUGAAUGAGAAGGUUUAUGAUUGUUUUGGAGAAGAAAGUUAUAUUUUUAAUUUAAGUUCUUCUAUAGAAUAAGCAUAUCAUCUUGUAGUGACAAAUAUUGUUUUUAACCAAAGUUGUUUUUAGAUACUCUUUUCACAAUAUGUCAUGCUCAUUUAGUGUUCAGUAGAGGUCGACCGCUGAUGGAUUUUACCGAUAACUAAGCUGGUGAAAAAGGGUUAUCAACCAUUAGUUGGCCAAUAGUUUUAUAAAUCGAUUUGAAUGUUAAUUUUUUUUCUUUCUGUACUGUAAUGGACACAGAUAUAGAGGCAAUAUGAGUAAAUGAAUAAAAUCCCACUACAAUUGUACAAUCAAAAUCCCAAUAAUAACCAGAAAAAAAAGAUUGUGCAUAAUGUGGGACUUUUAAUUAUGAAACUCAAAAUACUACGAAGACUCUUAUUUUGAAACGUCUGUGCUCCCAGCUCACACACACAUUUAAACACGCACUCUGAAAAUCAUCUACAAUGUAUCACAAUAAAAACACUGUAAAGAAAACAUUGUCAUGAAGGCUAAUAUAGUACGAGCAGUCAUUUAUCAACCGUAGACCAUCAGCGUUCAGUCAGCUAAGAUCAGUCAACAAGAGCCUACAUCUGUACGAUCGUUCGCAGAGAUUGUACAAGAACAUGUCAUGCCAUUUUUUGGUUUGUUUAAUUAGUCUGCAAAACUAAUAAAAUAUACGCAAGUGCCCAUUCACUCUGUUUGAUAUGCUAUUUCAUUCAUGUCUCUUCUGAAGUUGAAAGCUAUUCACACAUCUGCCCAAAAUGAUGCCUCUCAUCAUUCUUUUGUCUGUAUUAACACUCUUUUAUACUCCCACCUUUACGGUAGGAUCAGUGUCAUCACAAAUGACAAUAACAGAGUGUAAUCGGUGCUAUUUAUGACCGCGCAUAACGUGUUAGCACAUUAGUGCCAUGAAUGCAGUAUGUAAACAUAACAAAUUACACAUCAUCUACUGCAUUUAUUUUUUUUACUAUAAAUCAUCGAGUGGUUAAAACAUCUUCUUUUACUAAUAUGGUGUGAAUUCUGCUAAUGGAACGAGGUAAUUGAUAACACAUUUUAAUGUCAAUUUAGUUGCAUAAUAUGUUCUAUAAUAUUUUAAAACGAAUAUAUUGGUCAACCACAAGGUUUGAAGUAAAUCCAGAAGGUCACGUCUACAUGACUUUGUUUGAGGACAGAAUGUCUGCAACCUUUUUUUCUUACAGUUAUUGCCAAGUUCACAUGUUUCUGGGGUUCUCUCUUCUCUUCAACUCAUCCCACAGGUAUUUUGUGGGGUUUAUGUCAGAUGACUGGGAUGGCCAUGACCAAACCUUGAUUCUGUGGUCAGUGAACCAUUUUUGUGCUAAUUUUGAGGUGUAAAUUGGAUCGGUGUCCUGCUGGAAGAUCCAGCCAGUCAGGUGUUUGAUUGAAUAUCUGCUGGUUCUUGAAGUCCACGAUAUCAAGUAUCCCAACAAGUUUGAAGUGCCUUUGAAAGAAAAACAGCCUCACAACAUUAAAGAUCCUAAGUCCUAAUCCUAGAGUCUAAACAGAAUCCACCUCUGGUUUUUGUUUCCAAACAGCUCUAUUUUGAUUUCAUCUGACCAUAGAUUGUCUCAAGAUUAACACGUGUGAGAAAUAUAAAUUGUGUGUAGUGGUUAGCAUGCUGCGCUACGAACCUGGCGACCUGAGUUCGAUUCCCACUCAUGGCCAACACCAGUGACGAUUAUCUGAACUGGUCCUGGGCCUCCCCUAGGUCAACUCAGCCUAAAAUGAGUACCUGGUGCAGUGUGUAAAACAUUGCCACUGGGGAGACAAAGGUGGUUGGGUGUGGUGCUGGCCACCCACCCCCUCGUGUACCGUUCUGGCCUUCAUAGGUGCUCGCUAACAGCACUUGCCCCAACAGUCUGUUAAGGCUAAAUGGGAUCUUUGUCUUUGUAUGUAUGUGUGCUAACCACAGAUGCACACCACACGUCCAUGACCUUCCUAGAUGUUGUUAGUUUCUCUUAUCUCUUCCUCUUUUGGAAUGUUCUGUGCUCCAACGAGCACAUACUCCUUUUUCGUGAGAUAAAUAUCACAGUUACAGACGUAACAAAUAUCUAGGACUGUCGUAUAUGAUUUUUGUUCCUGUACUAUUCCGGUAACAACAAUUUCUUGUCCUUGAGCAUGCGAGCCUUGCUGUCACUUUUUUAUUGGUUGUUCUUUGUUCUAUGAAAGGUAUAAAUAUUAUGCUUGCUGUAAUAAACUCU